AUGAAGAGUUUUGAGGAGGCAACGUUGGGAGAAAACAAGAGGAAAAUGAUAAAAAAGUGGGAAAGUGUCACACUUCAUAACAGCUUUAAUUCAAACUUUCAAACCCCCCCCUCCCUUUUUUUUUUUUUCCUCUCUUCUUGUGCCUUUCUACUGGUUUUCUGCUUCUGGGUUUUUGUUGAAAGGUUUUUCUCUCUUCCCAUUUGUGGUGGUGGAAGUUCACUCUCUCGUCAUGAGAUGCUUUCAGAUCCUUCAUCAGUGACAGUGUUAGCUGAUUCACACCAGUGUUCUUCUCUUCUGCAAAAUAUUCUCAUCAUCAAAGGCUCUCAUCAUUCUAAGAUCCUGAUUCAAAAAGAGGCCCAUGAACAUCAAACCACUUUAGACUACAACUCAGAAGCCAAGGACCAGUGUGAGACUCUUUUAGCAAAGAAAUCCUUCAGUGUUCCAUCUUCAAGCAUAUCAAAUGCCAAGAUCAAGAAUGCAUUUGAUCAUUUUUUUAAAGAAGUUUUGUUUUCAACCAGGGGAUCUGAUUUGCCUCAGAGGCAGUCUCCACGAGGUCCACAUCAACUUCGGACAUCAAGUUCUGACUCUGAUCCAUUGCAUCAUCGGCCAAUUGCUGACCGAAGUCCAAAACUAGGAGAUAGGCGUUCGCCAAGAGGUACUCAGUCUGAGACACUAAAUCAGAAGAAGCUAGGAACUCGCAUUGCAGAUUUGGAAUCUCAGCUUGGUCAAGCACAAGAAGAGUUGAAAGUCUUGAAGGACCAGCUAGCUUCUGCUGAAGCUGCAAAGAAAGAAGCUCAAGAUGAGCUAGUGAAGAAAGCUGUGCAAUCAGUAGUGCCAGUGGUAGAGAAGUUCCAAGAGAGAAGCACUUCCAAGAAUGCCCAGGAGUCCAACAAAUCUGAAACCAAACCCCAAGAUAUUAUAUCUGAUGACAACCAACAAGAGACUGAUGUGUUUGAAGUUCCAAUCGAGAAGUUGACAAUUGAAUUCAGCAAAACUGCAGAUCAAUCAGAAAAGGAAACUCUACCAUUUGAAGACUCAAAUGCAUUAGCAAUAUCAAUGCCAGAAAAACCUUCUGUGGAUGAACAUGAACUGACACUAAAGAAUGAUGAAAUUGCAUUGUUGAAAUCCAGUUUGGAAGAGAAAGGGAAGGAGUUAGAGUCCAUUACUAAUGAGAAAGAGAAUCUGAAGAACCAACUGAAUGAAGCAGUUUCAAAAGUGUCAGCUGCUCAAACCAAGGAAGAAGGAAUGACCUUGCAGUUGGACCAACUGAGAGAAGAGUUGGAAGCAAGUAAAGCCAAUGCAGAGAAGUUGGAUGGGAAGUUGAAAUCUGUGGAAGCAGAAAAGGAGGGAUUAGAAUCAGAGAUGAAGAAGCUAAGGGUGCAAACUGAGCAAUGGAGAAAGGCAGCAGAUGCUGCAGCUGCAGUGCUUGCUGGGGGUAUGGAUAUGAGUGCAAGGAUUCCUGAAAGGUGUGGUUCCAUGGAUAAGCACUUUGGUGGAACGUUUGAGACACCUGCUGGUAGGUACAAUGGUUAUGUGGGAUCUCCUGGUAUGGCUGAUGACUUGGAUGAUGGUUUUGGAGGUGGAAAGAGGAAGGGUUCUGGGAUUAGAAUGUUUGGUGAUUUAUGGAAAAAGAAGAGCCAAAAGUGA